CCGCCCUUUAUCUGCAGCCUCCAGCAGGGAGCAAGGCAAGGGGUAAGCAGCUCUGACAACCAGAUGCAGAUUCGCAGAGCAGGUGGAAGGACACUUUUGGCGGGGAGACUCUCCUUCACCCGUGCAAGCAUGGAGCGAGGCUGGAGACACACCGCUACCCUCUGCGUCCUGGUUCUUUGGGCCUCCGGCUCAUCCCACGAGGGGCUUGGAAAACUGGGCGCCAGCUUCGACAGCAAAGCUGCGUAUCUGUUGACGGAGGACCGUUCGGACCUCAAGUGUUUCACCCAGCAGCUGGAAGACCUGGCCUGCUUCUGGGAGACAUUUGUACCCAUGAAGGAGCAAAACAACCAGAGCAUGUACAGCUUUGGAUACAAAUAUGAGGACGACGACUCUUUGAAAUGGUGUAACUUGACUGUGGAGUACACACCCCGGAACACAACGCGAUACACUUGCUUCUUUCCGAGGCAAGACGUUUCAGCCUUUUCCCCUCUUGAGAUCAAGGUCUUUGAUGGGCGCUCCCCCCAGAGCACUCUGUACAACAGAACCAUCUUUGUGGAAAAACUACUUUUCCUGGAUCCCCCCUCUAACCUGGCAGUGCAGCUGUUGGAGCCUCCGGGACAGCUGAAUGUGAGCUGGCAGCCCCCCAUUCAGUACAUGGACAAUAGCAUCCGCUAUGAGAUGGCCAUCUUCCAUAAGGGUAGCAUAGUCCAGCGGGUGGAGAUUUCCAAUGGGCAGACAUAUUACCUCCGGAAUCUCAAAGGAGGAACCCGCUACACGUUGGCUGUGCGGGCCAAGCCGAAUGGAGUCAGCUUUGAUGGCUUCUGGAGUGGGUGGUCGCAGACGGCGUCAGCCAUGAUACCUAGUGAACUGGAUCCCCUCAUCCUGACGCUGUCUGUCGUUCUAGUGCUGAUCGUUCUGCUGUUGGCUUUCCUCACCCUGAUGUUUAACCGCAGAUUUUUGAAGAAGAAGAUCUGGCCUGCAAUCCCCACCCCAGAGCAUGAAUUCAAGGAUCUUUUCACUAUUUACAAGGGGAACUUCCAGCUAUGGCUGGGGCAUCAGAGCACCUACCUGUGGUGGAGCCAGAACUCUCCUUAUCUGGAGGAGCAGCCGUUUUUGGUGGAGAUCCUGUCUGAAUGUGAUGUCCGCAAGGCGGAUGGCCCUCCCGUUCCUCCGCUCCUUCCCCCCAAGGCACGUGGCGUGGGGGAACCCCCUCGCAACCCAGAAGCCUCCCAAGAUGAUUACCUGAUACUGGAUGAAGACUUGGUGCCAUGCUGCUUAGGAGGGGAUGGCUCCCUGCAUUUGCUAGGCAUCGACAGCAGCGGGGGCACAGAUCUGGCCCUCGAUGCAGGAGUAGGGACACCGGACAACAGCCAGGCCUCUUCCAGCUUCGAGUACACUGUGUUUGACCCCAGCUCAAAGAGUCUGUCUCCGCAGCAUCGCCAGACCGAGCCCCAGCUCAAAAGCAGUUACCAGAUGGUGUCUGACUCUGGAAUCUCUGCCGACUAUAGCCUUGUGGAUUCCAACACUGGCCAGAUGAGCUUAUACACCAACCUCUGUGACGGGGGGCCACAGCCGUUCCUGCCCACCUACAUUGUGUGCUCGUAGCAGCGGGGACCGCAGAUCAGCAGGAGAACUGAGGCAUCGAGAUGCUAGCCCAGGAGCCUGGCACCUCCACCUUCCUUCCUGGUUCUAGCAAAAACGCCGGAGGAAGCCAGUCAAAACGGCUGUGGGGCCUCCAAAGCUCCAGCUGGGCCCAAGUCGCUCUUGUAGGAGGAAGAGAGGUUUGCAAAAUGCACGGAAAGGUGAUGAAGGACGUAAGAAGAACUCUGCUGGAUCAGGCCAGUGGCCCAUCUAGUCCAGCAUCCUGUUCUCACAGUGGCCAACCA